CCUGUUACCGUUACAGUCCAUAAUGUCCAAAGUUCCAAGAAAAAUAUCGGAUGGAAUGCCCUCGAAUACAACAUUUAAGUGUAUCCCAAAGAAUGUGGGGUUCUGCAGAGCCUUUGUUAUGUUUUAGAAAGUCAUUUAUACAGUCACGUGUUUCUUUGAUAUAAUUGGGGUCGAAUAGUAAUGUUGUAUUUAAUUUCCAAUAACCACGACCCCUCUGGUAUUCGGACAAAGUAAUUGAUAUUGACACUAGGUUAUGAUCUGAUCUUAAUUUGCUUCCUAUUUUUGCGUUGGAUAUCUUCGGGAGCAUGGAAAAGGAGAUUAGAAAAUAAUCUAUUCUGCUGGCCUGUUGGUUUCGUCGCCAUGUAUAGCGAGCUAGAUCUGUGAGCAUCACUCAUAUAGGUGAAGGUGUCAGCAGGAAGUAACUCUAUGUCGCUAACAUGAAGACUUCUGUCAUUACAAAAGUUGUACAAAAGGGGAGCGAACGUUCCCUCUGGGCGAGUGUUGAAAUCUCCCACAAUGCAUACAUUAGCAACGCUUAACUCGUCGAUAAGGGCUUCAAUCUUACCUAAUUUCUCAAGAAAGAUCUUGGUAUGUUUUUCAGACUCUGUCGGCAUAUAAACACAUGUAAACAACAGUUCUUUACCAUCUGCGUUAAAUCGUACCGCUAUCAGAUGAUCGCGUCGGAAGCAGACCCUGCAGAGUGGAAAGAGAGAGGGGUCGGAGAUGUCAACAUUUUACAGCACAAAACAGACCAGGGGAAAAUAAGAGUUCUCAUGAGGAGAGACAAAACUAUCAAGAUCUGUGCCAACCACUACAUCACGCCUCACAUGGAGUUCAAGCUGAACUGUGGCAGUGACCGGGCCUUGUUCUGGAACGUGACGGCAGACUUCGCAGACGAGGAACCCAAGGCAGAGUUGUUAGCCAUCAGAUUCGCUAAUGCAGAAAAUGCGUCCGAUUUCAAGAGCAAAUUUGAUGAAGCUAAAGACCAGGUGAGAGAGAGAGACUUGAAACAAAAGGAGAGGAAAAGGCAGACAGUGGAACAGAGUCGGGAAAAGAAGAGGAUUCCGACGAGGUUGCCGAGAAGCUCGGGGAACUUACCGUCUCUGAUGGCAAAAAAUCUAGAGAGGAGAAUGCUGAGACAGCAGGAACAGAAAGCAGAAGAAACAAAGAAAGAAGAACCUGAGGACAAGAUGAAGGACAUGUCCCACCGCCUUCUAUAAAAUUUGGAGUUGGACAACCUGUUCAUUAGAAUACCAUUAAUUAUGUUUCCUACCAACGCUAUGUAUAUAAUUGAUGUGGGCUGGACAUGUACAACGUUUCAGAGUUGAUAUACUUUUCAUCAUCCACUUUGUUUUAACCAUGACUGUAAAAUGAUAACGAUAACGAUUUAUAUUUGUAGCAGUCUCCAGUGGGAGUCCCUACUCCUCAAUCAUGAUGGCCUCAUCUUCAAAAGCCUGCACUCCACUAGCACUCUUCUGUUGGUAGUAAUUCAGUAACGCCAAUAAUGACAUGCUUCACAAGCAAAGUCUCCUUCUCGUCUUUUUCUUUUUUGUAGUAUGCCAUCAUUGGAUGCAAAAUCACUUGGGUCUGAUCAUAAAAUGCAGAAUGCACCUUUUGCUGAAACCUGCAAGUGUAACUUUCUGCGUAGUCCAUACAAAAGCAGGCUUCUUUGCUAACCCGGCUAUCAAUACACAUCUUUGCUCAUGUUGCCGGAAAGACAUCAGAUAAAUGACUGGCAAGACCCUCAAGAUCAUUCUUGCAUUCCGCUUUGAGGUUGGUACCGGUAGCAUUUUUCACGGGAUAUGAUCUUUGCUGGUUUGCCUUAUGCUACUGUGCAGCUGCCUGUUGUUACUCACUUGAUGCGUGGUUGCGCAAGGCCUGGCAAUUAAGGGUGGACAGGUCGUGCGAGCGGGUAAAACCGCCAGCCGCUACCAUCGGCGACGUGGAGAGUCAGCGGUCCCUGAAUAUGCCUAGACCGUGAACAAAUGAUUUGGAUAUUUGACUGUGUCUUUGAUAGACAACAUAUUAGUUGCAACACCUUUUUUCAUUACCUUAAACUUUUCCA